AUGGAAAAUAAUACUACAACAUUGAUAAGAGAGUUUGUUCUCACAGGACUCCCACAUCAACUAGAGUGGCAGGUCCCCCUGUUCCUGGUGCUCUUGGUGAUUUACCUCAUCACCGUUGUGGGAAACCUUGGUCUUGUUGUUCUUAUUUGGAAUGACCCUCACCUUCACAUCCCCAUGUAUUUGUUUCUUGGGAGUUUAGCCUUUGUGGAUACAUGGUUAUCAUCCACUGUGACACCAAAGAUGCUGGUCAAUCUGUUACUCAAGAGCAAGUCGAUAUCUCUCUCUGAAUGCAUGAUACAAUUUUUCUCCUUUGCAGUCAGUGCCACAACAGAAUGUUUUCUCUUGGCAGCAAUGGCUUAUGAUCGCUAUGUUGCCAUAUGCAAACCUUUGCUUUAUCCAGUGAUUAUGACCAACAGACUCUGCAGUCACCUAUUAGUGUGCUCAUUUGUUGGUAGCUUUCUUCAUGCCUUAAUACAUGAAAUUACUUUAUUGAGACUAACCUUCUGCAAUUCCAAUAUAAUACAUCAUUUUUAUUGUGAUAUUAUACCAUUGUUAAAGAUUUCCUGUACUGAUCCUUCCAUUAAUUAUCUAAUGCUUUUUAUUUUAUCUGGUUCGAUUCAAUUAUUCACAAGUGUGACUGUCAUUGUCUCCUAUACACUUGUUCUCUUUACAAUUUUAAAGAAGAAGUCUGCUAAAGGCACAAGGAAAGCCUUCUCCACCUGUGGAGCUCAUCUUUUAUCUGUGUCUUUAUACUAUGGUAGUCUUGUCUUCAUGUAUAUGCACCCUGCAUCUCCACAAGCAGAUGAUCAAGAUAUGAUGGACUCUUUAUUUUACACAGUCAUAAUUCCUGUGUUAAAUCCAAUUAUCUACAGCCUCAGAAAUAAGAAAGUAAUAGAUUCACUAACAAAAACAUUAAAGGGAAAUAUUUAG